GAUACAAGUGAUUCCAGUGAAAUCAAACAUGGAUUACACAGAGCUUUUGAUUUUUGUCUUCUUGGGAUCUGGCCUCACUCCCUGCUCCCACGCCCUCCUUCGUCAGUACCACUUUGUCAACCUGCCGAUGAACUGGUCCGACGCUCAGCAUUACUGCAGAGUGAAACACACUGAUCUGGCAACCUUUGAAAGCUCGGACGACUUCAGUGGGUUGAACAGACCACUUGUGGACACCUCAUGGUUGUGGAUCGGACUGUAUGACGAUCCAAAAUCCUGGAAGGGAAUUAUGGGCAAUGAUGCAAACUCCUGGAGAUGGUCAACAACUGGCAAAACAAGUGAGACUGAUUACAGCAACUGGGCGCCUGGUCAACCAGAUAAUCAGGGAGGAAAUCAGAGCUGUGUGUCAAUGAAGGCGGAUGGAAUGUGGAACGAUGAAAUAUGUCCCUGUAAAUUAUAUUUUAUCUGUUACAUGGAUUCAAGUCCUCCAGGCACGAAAGCAUAUACUCUCGUUUACCAGGGACAGACGUGGGAAGGUGCGCAGGCUCACUGCAGAGCACACUUCACGGACCUGGCUAUGAUCACGAAUGCUCAGGAAGACGCAGCGGUGGCAGCAGUGAAAUCAAUAAAUCAUGUGUGGAUUGGCUUGUACCGUGUGCCAUGGAUGUGGUCCGACAAAAGCAGCAGCUCCCUCAGGAAUUGGGCAAAUGACCAGCCAAAUAACUAUGUUGGGAACCAGUAUUGUGUGGUGGAGAGCCCGGACCACAGCUGGUCUGAUGAGAGCUGUGACUCCAAAUAUUCCUUCUGGUGCCAAGGAGCCCUGAAAGUGAAGUUCACCGUGGUGAGGAUAAAGAUUGAGACUGCUGCUGACCUCUCAGAUCCAGCUACAAACACCCAGAUUCUACAGCAGCUGGGUGCAAGGAGCAAGGCUUUACUGCCUGAAGUUAACCUGAGGUGGAUGAUUCAACCCAGAAAACAGAUAAACGAACUGAAGAAGCCUCUGGAGGAAGAUGUUCUUUGUAACUGAUCAUGUUUGUCGACAAUCUACAGAAAACAACAGAACCAAAAUUAGUGUAGUUCGAUGACUUUAUUAACCAGAUGUAGUACAUCAAAUAUUUUAAUAGGUUGUAAAACAAAACAUGUUGUAACUUUCACUCUCUGUGCUCUUGUGAAGAUUUAUGUGCAGUAUAUUGCUAUUACAUUAAGUCUAUACUAUAACAAAAUGCCAUACUUUAGGCUGUUGUUUGCUUAGUAAAGUUAGUGUGAAGCAUUCAGUUUGCUA